AUGUCCACGCUAGGCAACACCUACGUGGCCUGCUGCCUCCAUAUGCUCCAGGACCCGGCCUGCCCGCUAGUGGUUCCCGAUCCUGCUGACUUUGUCCUGGUGCUCGAUACCCUUGAUCUUUCCCUGGCCAACCUAGCCUUGCUGAUUGUGCUUUUGGCUAGGUACAAGGAGAAUCUGGUGAACACCUUGCUGCUAGGCGACACCUCCGCCGUGGCUACCGCCUACUACGCUAUGAUUGCCUCCCUCGUGUUGGCCAACAAGUACAUGAACGACCAGAGCUACACCUUGAAGACAUGGCACUCCAUCUUGGGCAAGUGCUCCCGCCUUGCGCCCACGCUACCGUUUUUGAACCAGCUAGAAAGCCAUUUCUUGAGCGCCCUCAACUUCCUGGUGUCUACAGCCCACGACCCUUCGCUCUGGGACCGCUUUGCUCACUUGGACCCAUACUGGCUUGCCCAGCUACGCUCGCAAGUUGAAGAGAACUACCCUGUUCCGCUCCCACCGGUGCCCGCAGUGGCCCCCGUGGCUUCUGCUGCUGCUGCCGCCGCUCCUCCUCCUCCAACGGUGAUGCCUACUCCACCUACGUUCCCUUUUGCUCCUGUGGUGAUGGCUCCCGUGGUGCUGCCCGCCUACUGCCUAGGGCAGCCUCUUAUGCAUUGCACACCUGUGCCCACUCCGCCAACGGUGCCCCCAGCGAUGCCCCGGGGCUACUCCCAGGCGUUUGAAGAGUACAUGCCCAUGACGCCUAUGCUGGUGGGCCGCAAACGCCGGAAGGUGGACGAGUGCCUUGUGCGCCAGCCCUGGGUUGGCAAACACUACUGA